AUGACUCAAGAGCAAACUGCACCCGCCGCUGCGGCCCCCUCGCCACCACACAACCCCUCGCACGAAGAACACCAAUAUCUGAAUUUAAUCCGAACAAUCCUGUCCCAAGGCGAGCACCGCCCCGACCGCACCGGCACAGGAACACGAUCAAUCUUCGCGCCACCACAACUGCGCUUCUCACUGUCCAAGCCCAACCCAGACAACAGCGGGUCCCCAAUCCCCGUGCUGCCGCUGCUGACCACCAAACGAGUCUUUCUGCGGGCGGUCCUCGCCGAGCUCCUUUGGUUCAUCUCUGGCAGCACGUCGUCGCAACCUCUCUCAGACGCGGGCAUUAAGAUCUGGGACGGGAACGGCAGCCGCGAGUUCCUGGAUAAGGUGGGGCUGGGCCACCGCGAGGAAGGCGACCUGGGCCCCGUGUACGGGUUCCAGUGGCGCCAUUUCGGCGCGGAGUACGUCGACGCCAAGGCCGAUUACUCGGGCCAGGGUGUCGACCAGCUCCAGGAUGUGGUGAAAAAGCUCAUCCACUCGCCAUUUGAUCGCCGUAUCAUUAUGAGCGCUUGGAACCCCGCUGAUCUGCGGAAAAUGGCGCUCCCGCCUUGCCAUAUGUUCGCCCAGUUCUAUGUCUCGUUCCCGCCGGGUAUGACUGUCGAUGAGAAGACUGGUUGCCCCUCGGAGAAGGGCAUUCUCUCGUGUUUGCUUUACCAGCGCUCGUGCGAUAUGGGGCUUGGCGUUCCGUUUAAUAUCGCCUCUUAUGCUCUGCUUACCCAUAUCCUUGCCCACGCUGCUGAUCUGCAUCCCGGCACUCUUGUGCACACUAUGGGCGAUGCCCAUGUCUAUCUUGACCAUAUCGAUGCCCUGAAUGAGCAGCUGACCCGUGAGCCGACGGAAUUCCCUGAGCUGCGGAUCAAGCGCGAGGACCGGGGGAGUGCGGUUAUCGAUGGCUGGAAGGAUGAUGAGUUCGAGGUGAUUGGGUACAAGCCGCACAAGACGAUCAAGAUGAAAAUGAGUGUUUGA